AUGGCGGACGAAUCUGUUAUUAAACCGACGCAAACGACGCCUGCGCUCAACACUUCCAACUGGCCUCUUCUUUUGAAGAACUACGACCAAUUGAACGUUCGUACCGGUCAUUACACUCCUAUUCCCAGUGGAUGCUCUCCUUUGAAGCGUCCUCUUAACGACUAUGUUCGUUAUGGUGUGAUUAACUUGGAUAAGCCCGCCAAUCCUUCUUCUCACGAAGUCGUUGCCUGGGUUCGCCGUAUUUUGCGUGUCGAAAAGACUGGUCACAGCGGUACUCUCGAUCCCAAAGUUACCGGUUGUUUGAUCGUCUGUGUCGAUCGCGCCACUCGUCUCGUCAAGUCCCAGCAGGGUGCUGGUAAGGAGUACGUCUGCGUUUUGCGAUUGCACGACGCCAUUGAGAGCGAAAAGAAGUUGGGUCAGGCUUUAGAAACCUUGACUGGUGCUUUGUUCCAACGUCCCCCUCUCAUUUCUGCUGUCAAGCGUCAAUUGCGUGUUCGUACUAUUCACGAAAGCAAGCUUUUUGAAUACGAUAACGAUCGUCAUCUCGGUGUUUUCUGGGUCAGCUGUGAAGCUGGUACUUACAUGCGUACGCUUUGUGUCCACUUGGGUCUCUUGUUGGGUGUGGGUGGUCACAUGCAAGAACUCCGUCGUGUGCGCUCUGGUCAAACUUCCGAAGAUGAUGACAUUGUUACUAUGCAUGACGUGAUGGACGCUCAAUGGUUAUACGAUAACACCAAGGAUGAAAGCUACCUUCGCCGUGUCGUUCGUCCUUUGGAAGCUUUGUUGGUUGGCUACAAGCGUGUGGUUGUGAAGGACAGUGCUGUCAACGCUAUUUGCUACGGUGCUAAAUUGAUGAUUCCCGGUUUAUUACGUUAUGAAAGCGGUAUCGAAGUGAACGAGGAAGUUGUGUUGAUGACCACCAAGGGUGAAGCUAUUGCUCUUGCUUAUGCUCAGAUGACAACCGCUGUGAUGGCUACAUGCGACCACGGUGUGGUUGCCAAGGUGAAGCGUGUUAUUAUGGAACGUGACACUUAUCCUCGCCGAUGGGGUCUUGGUCCUGUGGCUCUUGCCAAGAAGAAGUUGAAGACUGAAGGCAAACUUGAUAAAUACGGACGUGUGACUGACGAAACUCCUGCCGUAUGGAAGGCUGCCUAUGUCGAUUACGCCAACAACACUGACGGUAAGGAACCUGAGCCUGCAUUCAACAAGCCUUCCGAGGCUGCUGUUGCAGCCGCUGGUAUUGCUCCCAAGAUCACUCCUGUCGAUGUUGCCAAGGUCGAUGCUGCAUCAUCCCUGGGCAAGCGCUCCGCCUCCGAUGACACUACCGCAGAAGCUCAAACUGAAACCAAGAAGUCCAAGAAGGAAAAGAAGGAGAAGAAGGAGAAGAAGAAGAAGAACAAAGAUUAG